AUGGAAUUCCGUAUCAUGUCACCCCUUCUCUGCCUUAAGAUGAUUGUGCUGCUACUUUUAAUACGAAAAACGACAAAUGAUUGUACACCAGUUUUAGCUGCCGGUGGUGACAGUGAUAGUAUUCUUCAAGAGCCAACAGUGCCCCUGCUCAGUUAUUUAAGAGUUUACAAGUUUCAGAAGAUGGUUACUCUAUCACUCACAUUAGAUAGUUCAUCUGGUAGUGGGUUCAAGUCAAAGAUGCUUACAUGUAUGGCUUCUUCAACGCUGCGCCAAACGUAUGAAGGAUGGCACGAUGAGAUAGACAUAGAGUUCUUGGGAACAAUACCUGGAGAGCCAUACAAAUUGCAGACCAAUGUUUAUGGCAACAGUACGGGAGAUGGAAAUCUGAUCGGCAGAGAGCAACAAUUUCAUCUCUGGUUCAACCCAACUCAGGAUUUCCACAACUACAGCAUUCUCUGGACGCCAUCUCAAGUCCUAUUUUUGGUGGACGUUAUCCCCAUAAGGAGGUUUCCUAAGACAAAGAGCCUUGGAGUUAUAUAUCCAUCGAAGCCAAUGUCUAAGUAUGCAAGGAUUUGGGAUGCAUCUUCAUGGGCGAGAGAUGGAGGGAAAUACAAGGCCAGCUAUACGUAUGAGUCCUUCCUUUCCAGUUACACCAACUCCCAAACGAUUGGAUGCCAUGACAAGGAUAACUACUGCUCCAAAGUGCUCUUAGAUGGCUGUUUGGUUUCUCCGCAUUUGAACAAAAAGCAAAUCGUUGAUCUGAAAUAUGUUAGGAAGAAUUAUAUGACAUACGACUACUGCCAAGAUUUGCAGCCAUAUCCCAAGGGUUCCAUGCCUGAAUGCCCAACACAACCAUCCGAUUCAUACUAA